AUAUAUUUAUAAUUGGUUGAAAACCAGUAUGGUCUCAAAAGAGAUGGAUCAUAACUAUUUACUCCUUAAUAAUAUGUGAUGCUGGUCGUUCAACAGACACCAUUAUUAAGUGUGUAUUAUAUACACAUUUUGUUAAUAUUGGCGUCUCUGAGAGGCGAUUUUUUUUUGGCGGGGAUUUGUCGGACGACGUAUAACCGAAGUGAAACCAAACAGCUCUUAUCACCGCUGUUACCAUGGUUACCUGAAAUGCGGUAACUACAUACGUUUUCACAAAUCGUGUACCUAUACAAUUUGUAUUUAGAAGAAAAGUAAGUUAAGUAGUAAGUAGCGACCAGUUUUUCUACCUCCGAGUCAUGAGUAGUGUAAAAGCAUUAGAAUCGUUGAAGAAGUUCUUGGAUUUCUCAAUCAAACGUGGUGGAUUUGAUCGAAUCUUCGAAAAAACGAAAUUAAUAUCGGCCGGAGAUGGCAAGUGUGUAGCAGAAAUGGUAGUCGAAAAACAGCACACCAAUGGAUUCAGUACGCUUCAUGGAGGAUUUACUGCGUCCGCUAUAGAUUUAUUUUCUAGUAUAGCCGUACUGACACACCCGAAAAUCUUUGAAGAUAUUGAUUCGGGUGUUGGAAGUGGUGUUUCAGUUGAUAUUCAUGUUAAGUACUUGGCAUCGGCCAAAAUUGGAGAUGAAAUAAUUAUCAAUGCCGAUACAACCAAACUAGGAAGAAAUUUAGCUUUCCUUGAAGUGACAAUGAUCCGAAAAGCCGACAAUGUUAUCAUAGCAAAAGGAGCGCACACAAAAUUUGUCGGAUAAAACUAUUAGUCGUUUAUUUAUUUUGUAAUUCUCGUACCAAUGGGUUUAUGGUUGUUGAUGAGUUUUGUUAGUUAGUAAUGUUACUUGUGUGUUUAACUCAUUUUUUUUUUUAAC